CCGCUGGAUUCUCCAGCCUGUCAACGGAAGAAGAAGCAACGAAAAGCGGUCAAAGCUGUCUCAAUCGAAAGCCAGCCAUUUCUGCAGCUUGUCGUCUGCCUGACUGAGCCGGUGUCGCAAGGAUAAAAGAUUCAUUCCACCAUGUUUGCCGGACUGCUGGAAGCCGCACGGAACUCGCCCUUCCGCACACCGUUCACACGCGUGCACUGUGAUGACGGUACCGAGAAGGCGGUAGUGCCGGGCCGUUCCGUUCAGGCAGCCGCCAGCCGCGAGGUUGAGUUCGGCUCGAAUGAAUUCUUCGGCCUGUGUGCGGUCGGAGGUAUCCUGUCGUGCGGUAUCACCCACACCGCCGUCGUACCGCUCGAUCUGGUCAAGUGCCGGCUGCAGGUCAACCAGGCCAAGUACAAGAAUCUGUUCCACGGAUUCAAGGUCACCAUCGCGGAGGAGGGUGCGCGCGGUCUGGCCAAGGGAUGGGCACCGACAUUCUUCGGCUACUCGGCCCAGGGUGCCUUCAAGUUCGGUCUGUAUGAGGUGUUCAAAAUCAAGUACGCUGACAUGAUCGGCGAGGAGAAUGCCUAUCUGUACCGUACCUGGGUGUAUCUGGGCGCUUCCGCCUCGGCCGAAUUCUUCGCCGACAUUGCGCUGGCCCCGCUGGAGGCGGCCAAGGUCAAGAUCCAGACCAUGCCCGGAUACGCCAACACGAUGCGCCAGGCCAUGCCGAAGAUGAUGGGCGAGGAGGGCGUUAUGGCGUUCUACAAGGGACUGGUUCCGCUGUGGUGCCGUCAGAUCCCGUACACCAUGAUGAAGUUCGCCUGCUUCGAGAAGACCGUCGAGCUGUUGUACAAGCAUGUCGUGCCGAAGCCACGCGACCAGUGCUCGAAGGGUGAGCAGCUGAUUGUGACAUUCGCUGCCGGCUACAUUGCCGGUGUGUUCUGUGCCGUGGUGUCCCAUCCGGCCGACGUGGUCGUGUCCAAGCUGAACCAGGCCAAGGGAUCGUCCGCGAUCGAUGUGGCCAAGCAGCUCGGCUUCAUGGGCAUGUGGAACGGUCUGACGCCGCGUAUCAUCAUGAUCGGUACGCUGACCGCCCUGCAGUGGUUCAUCUACGACGGUGUGAAGGUUGCCCUCUCCAUCCCCCGCCCACCCCCGCCAGAGAUGCCGGAGUCGCUGAAAAAGAAGCUGAACGUAGAGUAAUUCUAGCGCCACGGGUGAAAGGAAGUCGAAGCAUUUGUUUGUGAUGAUGGUGUGCAGCACUGUUGUAAAAGUGGCUUCAUGCGCGCUGCUAAAACAGGAACGAAUUAGUAAUAUUUAUUGCAUUCCCCGGCCCGGCAAUUGGAGUGUUUUUGUGAAAAGGUGCACGCGCGAGAAGAAGAGCGAAAUAGGUAUUGAAUCGGAAUGUUCCAUCAACCGAAUGAUAUUUUGUGAAAACCCGAAACGGAUGGAAGUAAUGCCAGCAGUGUGUUCCGGUGCUAAUGAUAAUGUUUUUUUUGCAACAGCAAUGACGGCCACGUAAGAUGCAAUAUGGCCGGUACAUGUGUGUGAUCGCGUGCUUAAACAACCCGAGCUAUGUGUGUGUGUGUGUACGUGUGUGUGUAUGGGCAGUUGCCGCCGCCGAGCUAGUUUAAGCAUUUGUGCGCUACCCUUUAAAGUGUCACAGCAUCAUCGUAAAUAAAGUCCUUGAAGCCGUCGUGUGAAUUACGCUACGAUUAGUAAACCCAUAA